UCUUUUCCUGCACUGGUGAGUGUUUAACGCGCGCGAGAGAGGAGAGACAUGACAAGAGCUCAGCGAACCUGGCCAGUCAAACAUGGAGCUGUUUAAAACAAUAUCGUUGUUACUUUGGAUAUUUUUGCUGAAUAGACAACAGGACUGCUACGCCGAAGAAGUUGUGCUGCUGAACUCAAAGGAGUCUCAGGCAGAGCUGGGCUGGACUUCACACCCUGCCAAUGGAUGGGAGGAGAUCAGCGGGGUGGAUGAGAAGUACAAGCCCAUCCGGACGUACCAGGUGUGCAACGUGAUGGAGCCCAGCCAGAACAACUGGCUGCAGACGGGCUGGAUCGGGAGGCAGACGGGGCAGCGCAUCUUCAUCGAGCUGCAGUUCACGCUGCGCGACUGCAACAGCAUCCCGGGCGUGGCCGGCACCUGCAAGGAGACCUUCAACCUGCUGUUCGCCGAGUCGGACUGGGACCUGCGCCGCGUGGCGCGCGAGGACCGCUACACCAAGAUCGACACCAUCGCCGCCGACGAGAGCUUCACGCAGGGCGACCUGGGCGAGCGCAAGAUGAAGCUCAACACCGAGGUGCGGGAGAUCGGCCACCUCAACCGCAAGGGCUUCCACCUGGCCUUCCAGGACGUGGGCGCCUGCGUGGCGCUGGUGUCCGUGCGCGUGUACUACAAGCGCUGCCUGUCCACCGUGCAGAACCUGGCCGUCUUCCCCGACACGGUGGCCGAGGCCGCCUUCGCCACGCUGGUGGAGGUGCGCGGGGCCUGCGUCAACAACUCGGAGGUGGACGCCGACAGCCCUCCCAGGAUGCACUGCAGCGCCGAGGGGGAGUGGCUGGUGCCCAUCGGGAAGUGCAGCUGCAGCGCCGGGUUCGAGGAAGGCCACAGCAGCUGUGAAGCCUGCCCUGCUGGCUCCUACAAGAUGUCUUCAAGGCAGCAGGAGUGUUUCCCCUGCCCCGCCCACAGCACGGCAGAAGAGGAGGGGUCAGUGCAGUGCGUGUGUGACCAGGACCACUUCCGAACCCCGCUGGACAGCCCCUCGGCCCCCUGCACCCGUCCCCCUUCUCCACCCAGGGACCUGGUGUACACCCUAAAACAGUCCACCCUGAUCCUGGAGUGGGCCCCCCCAGCGGACACGGGGGGCCGGGGUGACCUGUCGUACAGCGUGGGGUGCAGCCGGUGCGUGGGGCCCCCCCGGGCCCCCCAGCGGCAGUGCGAGCCGUGCGGGGCCAGCCUGGGCUUCGUGCCCCAGCAGAGCGGCCUGACGGAGCGCACCGUCACCGUGGUCAACCUGCUGCCCCACUCCAACUACACCUUCACCGUGGAGGCCCUCAACGGCGUGUCCGAGCUGCUGCCCGCCAAGAGCUUCUACAGCCAGGUCAACGUGUCCACCAGCCUGGCAGGCCCGUCCCUGGUGGGGGCUCUGCGGGCUGAGAAGAUUGAGCAGCGCAGCGUGACUCUGGCCUGGACAGAGCCCCGCCACCCCAACAGCAGCCGCACGCAGUAUGAGAUCAAGUACUACGAGAAGGAGCAGAAGGACCAGAGCUACUCCACCGUGAAGACCGCCUCCACCCGCGUCAGCGUCAACAACCUCAAGCCUGGCACCACAUACGUCUUCCUCAUCCGCCAGUCCUCCUCUUCAUCCCCCUCCUCCUCCUCCUCCUCCUCCUCCACCUCGUCCUCUUCCUCCUCCUCGCUGUCCUCCUCCCCUCUGUCGUCAUCCUCCUCCUCCUCCUCUGCUUCCUCUCCCUCCUCCUCCUCCUCCUCCUCUUCUUCCUCUACGCUGGACUACGGAGCCUACAGCCCCCCGCUGGAGCUGCAGACGCUUGGCGAGUUGGCGCUGGCGUCCAGCGAGCAGGGCCCGGUGGUGAUCAUCGUGGUGGUGUCGGUGGCCGCUCUCAUCAUGCUGCUCUCCAUGGGCGUGGGCCUGCUGAUCUGGAGGAGCAGUCUCUCCAGAUCCUCCAAUAUAGCGCCAACUAGCGUGGUCCUGCUCUCCACCUCCUUCUCCGCUACACCUCCUCCUCUUCUUCCUCCUCCUCCUCUUCCUUCUCUCUCCACGCAGCUGUCUCCCAGGCAAUGUGGCUACAGUAAGGCCAGCCAGGAGGGGGACGAGGAGCUGUACUUCCAGUUUAAGAUCCCGACGAGGAGGACAUACAUUGACCCGGAGACGUGUGAGGACCUGGUCCAGGCCGUCCAUGUGUUCGCCAAAGAGCUCGACGACUCCAGCGUCAAGAUCGACAGGAUCAUCCAUACUGGUGAAUUUGGGGAAGUGUGCCGCGGGUGUCUGAAGCUCCCCAGCAAGCGGGAGUUGCCGGUGGCGAUAAAGACGCUCCGAGCGGGCUGCUCUGAGAAGCAGAGGCGGUCCUUCCUGAGCGAGGCAGGAAUUCUGGGACAGUUCGACCACUCCAACAUCAUCCGCCUGGAGGGCGUCAUCACCAGAGGAAACACCAUGAUGAUCGUGGUGGAGUGCAUGUCCAAUGGGGUCCUGGACUCUUUCCUCAGAAAGCACGAGGGCCAGCUCAGCGUGCUGCAGCUGGUGGACAUGCUGAGCGCCGUCGCCGCGGGGAUGAAGUACCUGACGGAGAUGGGCUUCGUUCACCGCAGGCUGGCCGCUCACAAGGUGCUGGUCAACAGCAGCCUGGUCUGCAAGGUGUCGGGCUUCCGCCCCCUGCUGGACGACAAGGUGGAGGCCGUCUACACCACGCUGCACGGGGGGAAGAGUGCGGUGCUGUGGACGGCUCCAGAGGCCAUUCAGUACCACCGCUACAGCUCGGCGUCUGACGUGUGGAGUUUUGGGAUCGUCAUGUGGGAGGUGAUGUCCUUUGGAGAGAGGCCCUACUGGGACAUGGGGAACCAGGACGUGAUCAAGGCGAUUGAGGACGGGUUCCGUCUGCCCGCCCCCAUUAACUGCCCCGCCCCCCUGCACCAGCUGAUGCUGGACUGCUGGCAGAAGGAGCGCAACGAGAGGCCCAAGUUCAGCCAGAUCCACAGCGCCCUCAGCAAGAGCGUCCGGACCCCCGACUCCAUCGGCUCCUCCACUCUGUCGCGCAGGACGCUCGGCUCCUCCAUCCCCCUGGCGGAGCGCUCCUUCCCCUCCUUCCCCUCCUUCAGCUCUGUGGGCGAGUGGCUGGAGGCCGUGGACAUGGGCCGCUACAAGGACAACUUCACCGCCGCGGGCUACUGCUACCUGGAGUCCGUCGCCCGCAUGACCGUCCAGGAUGUUAUGAGCCUGGGGAUCACCUCUCUUGAACACCAGAAGCAGAUCCUGGCAGCUAUUCAGACGCUGAGGGCGCAGGUGAUCCAGAUGCACGGCCGUGGGGUGCAGGUGUAGCAGACGGACCCACAGACUCUGGGAAACGGACGGACGGACGGACGGCCGGCUGCUGGGAGGAGACUGACAGAGAGUCCCUCAAACCCCCCUCACAGAUGUGAGGGAGAGUAGCACCCCUCCCACAGUACCCCUUGCUCUUCCUACCCUUCCUCCUCCCCCUCGGGGAUGUGUCCUUGGUGCUGCUGAGGCUCUGCUCCAGCUGUAUGGGGAGCACAGACCCUCCAGAACCCAUUGACCCUGACCGCUGUGUGACCGGAUCUGUGCCCUGCUCUGUCCUACCACAGCAGCUAAGAUGACCAUGGUCAAAACACGGUCAGGGAAGAGGAGGAGCGGUCAGUCUGUUACCAGGGUUACCUCGAACGUAUGGGAGCAGCGCCUGUAAUCAUGUGACUAAAGCACAGUCUUCGAUUAGGGUCUGAAACCCUUUCAACAGCGAUAAACACUGAAAACAGAACCCAGAAUCAGAGAUCACAUGAUCAUUACCCAUGAUUCCCUGCUCCAGAGUGGACUGGGUCAGGUGGAGGGGGUUGUCUUCGAUGGCUGCUGUCUUGGGUCGAAACUCCGAGGAAGGAGAUGAAUCAUUUCAGGAAAACUAUGGCAGUGUUGAAACCACUGGAAGAAAAAAUAAUGAACUUUGUAAAUCUAAGGCUCAAAAAGGGUUUUUACACGAUGUUUCUUUCCUCUGCCCUUCACCACGUCCGGUUGUCGUGUGCUUCUGUUAUGAGUGUUUUUGGUUAUGAGGUCUGUCUCAGGCUGCCCCUUCGUGUGUGUUAGCACAUCAGCCUCAGCGUGUGCUGUAAGUGCUGACAGUAGCUCAUUUAGACCUCUCCUUGUGUCGCUCAUAUUCUCCCUGCAGGGGAGAGUGCGCUCUAGAGAAAGCUCCAGUCCCAGGUUGAUGUGUCCCUUUUAUUUAUUAGUGUACUUAUUUAUUUGCUUACAGACUGUCACUGUAGCACUUUUUUUGAGGGGGGGUGAGUUGGGGGUGGGCUGGGAUAUGACAGAUACUGUCUUUGGUGAAGUGAUAAGAUGCAGGAAAGCAUCGUAAUGUCAGUUUCCAGUAUAUCUCCGGGAGGAAAACCCUUUUGUUUAAUUUAUUGAUUUCCUGUGCCGUUCCGUUAUUUUCCGUCACGUUUUUAUUGCGUUUGGUAUCGUGAGAUGGAAGUGCUGUAGAUACCCCGCUCCUGCGCUCGCUGCCAGCAGUGGUGUGUUCAGAGGUGUGGCAGUGAUGUGUUCAGAGGUGUGGCAGUGAUGUGUUCAGAGGUGUGGCAGUGAUGUGUUCAGAGGUGUGGCAGUGAUGUGUUCAGAGGUGUGGCAGUGAUGUGUUCAGAGGUGUGCGCCGGCUCGUGGAGGUGGAGACGAGUGUGAAGGUGUGAAGUGUGGAUGGCGUGUUUGUGCACUGAAACCCGGUGGGGAAGCCCUGGCCCGAGCACCGUGGGGGUGAAAAUGCUAAUGACUUGUGACAGCUGGAUGGGAGGGGUUUGUGUGCAGGGG